UUUGUACUGUGUGGGUGUUAACCCAUGUAAAUUUGCAAUGGGGGUGUACGUAGCUGUGGCCCCACACCCACUUCCGCUCCUCAUAAUUGUUAUAAAAGAGCGGACUUUUGCAGUGCAGCAACAAGGCUUCUUCAGUUCAUCAGCAAUUAAUCAGCAACAAGGCUUCUGUUCAUCCGGCAAUCAUAGCACCUCUAGCUCUCGACGUCCUACACACCCGGACCCAGGCUGUAUUAUGCCUUGUUGCAGAUGCACAAAAGGCUCGUGCCAGAGUUGUGUGUGUGCCCAGAGGGGCACACCUUGUACUAACUGCCACCCUGGAAGCAGGUGCACCAACCAGCCUACUCCAGCCACUGCCCUCACCACCACAAGCGUCGUACCUGCCACAAUGGCACUCCGAGUAAAAAGAUGUGCGGUACCAUCAGUGAUUGUCCCUCCUCCUAAGAGGAGGUGUGCUACAGUCCCAGUCUUAGUCCCAGUCCCAGUCACAGCCACCACAGUCCCAGCUAACACAGUCCCAGUCACGGUCCCAGCCACCACAGUCCCAAGUAAAUCUAAGAAGGUGCACGUAGGUGGCCUGCCUGCAGGUUCAACGAAAGAGGACAUCAACCAGGCCCUCCGCCAGUUUGGUCCCAUUAGCUGUGUCGUCAUCCCUGCUGGGGGGAGUGGACCAAGGGGUUUCGCCUUCGCUACAUUUGAAAAUUUAAAAUCUUAUGAAGAGGCAAUAAAAAGAAAUUUUGUUUUAAUUAAAGGAAAAAAUGUUUCAAUUCGGAAAAUAAAAAAGUAACUCAAUUUAUUAAUGUUUGUCUGUGCAUAUGUUGCCUAUAAUACUAUAUAUAAUUAUUAUGAUGCCAAG